AUGAAUUAUGAAAGUGUAUAUGGUCCGCAAAUCAUCUGUGAACCUGUAAAUCUUACCGGCGUCUACAAACAUGCUUUCACUGAACCAAAUGCUGAAGAUUAUCCAUUUUUGGUUCCUUUUUACGCUAAACGUCACCCCAAUGAUAACAAAAUUUGGACUAAUAUCAAACGUCUAUCAAAACAUCUUAAUCAACCUACUCCCCCUCCAAUUGUAAUAGAUUCUCCUCAACCGAUUGAACCCUAUAACCCUGUUCCUAAUAUGUUUAUACCUGAGAAAUACCGUAAUAUUAUACCCAAAGACCCCAUUUACGUUAAUGAUCGAUUUAUUAUUCCAGGAUCACGUGAAUGGUUUACGUAUAUGUAUAAUUUGGAGAUAUCCAUUAGAGAAAAAGUUGAACAAGAAGAAAAUGAAAAAUUAGAAAGAUUUGAACGUGAAGUGGCGCAAUCAAUCAAAUCAGGUUAUGAAGCAAAUCGAGUGAGAUGGAAACAGUAUGAUCUCAACAGAAUAACCUUAUUAGAAAAGGAGCAAGAAAAGGAAAGACAAGAGGUAAUGUACUAUGGUACUAGCGUUAAACAUCUCAAGGCCCGUAAAGAAAGUAUUAAAUCUCUUACGGAUUCAUCGAAUGAUUUCCACAAUUAUAUCCCUGAUCACUUGAAGAAAAAGAAGUUGCUUAAAGACGCCGGUCAAAAACGGCAAAAUAUCAAUCGUAAUUUAAAGAAAUUUCUCAAAAACCACAACCUCAGACAUCAUCUCAAUUUUUUCGACACUAUAUAUGAUCCCUUGGUUGUCUUGGAUGACACUGCUACUCUAGAAUCUCGCCCCAACAAACGUAAUAUGGAUAACAGUAGGAUUUUUAUGUCCUUAAAUAAUGACUCACCAUCAAAACGUUCUCAUCCUGCACCAAUAGAAGAAAAUGACUCCGUAGUUGCGGGACCUUCAAAUUCGAAAUAA